GUGGGCUCGAAGCAGGGCUGCAGCGGAGCGUUCACACGCCGGCGCGUGCUCCACGGCCCCAGAGGGGCGCUCGGCAGGUAAGCAUCUCGGUGUAUCCGCUCCUCGAGAGGCGGACGCUCGUCGGCAUCGUCGACGCGCUCCAGAGGUGCUUGAGGCUCGCGGAGGAGGAGGCGCAGCAGCAGCGGCUGCAGGUACGCUUCCUCCCACUGGUGUGUCCUGGCCAGCGGGGGAGGCUCACUGGUUUCGUGCAAACAGCUGCGCUCCCAUCGUGA